AUGGAGCAAAGCGGUUCCGUUAUAGUGUACGACGACCAGCCGCAGACGCCCGUCCUGGACGGCGAGCCCGUCGCAGGCGGCGGCUCAGCAUCGUUUCCCCGCAACACUCGCGGCAAGCGCGUGCUCGUGAAAGCCACUAGCAUGCCGCCCGCUGUCGAAUCCCGCCGCCCAUCCAGUGGCGCUGGCAGCGCCACGAGCGGGGGCUCCGCCAGAACCCCCCGCCUCCCGGCCGGGCGCCCGCAGCAGCGCCUGCAGGUUUUUCCGCCAACCGACGCGCCAGGAUAUGCAGCAGCGCAGCCUUCCCCCAGAGCGCGGCUGUUGUCCGCAAAGUCCCCGCGCGUCCCGGCGAAAUCCCCCCGCGCGCCCUCCGCCGCGCCGCACGGUGUCGCGCAGGUGUCUUUCGCCUCCCCGCAUUCUUUCCGAGGAAGCGCAGGGAUGGUUGCACCGCCCAACCAGCAGCAGCUGCGCGCACUCGCGCAUUCCCGCUCUCUCCCGCCGCAGUCCCCCGCCAGCGCCGCCCGCGCAGCCGCCGCGGUGGCAAAUGUUAAGGCUGGCGCAUUUCCUAAGAGCCCCUCGGUAGCAAUGAGCGGAAGGCCUUCUAGCGGAAGCGGAACGGCGCAAGCGCAGACGCGCACAGGCGCGGGGAGGGAUUUCGCCCCGCGAACGCCACGUCAGCUAAGCGUUUCCGGCCAGUCUAACCGCGCCGGCUCUGCGCUUUCAGCUGCGCUCCUCCCCGUGAGUCAUGCGCUUCCGAUAAGAUCACAGUCGAGCUCCCGCUCGUUAAACUCACACUCGCCACAGCAACAGCAACAGCAGCAGCAACGGCCGCAGCUGCGGAAACCGAAGCUGCCGCCUCUCGAUAUCACAGGAAUUCAAGACGAGUCUGUAGAGGAAGAUCUGAGCCCGUCUGUGUACCCGCUACAAUCAGAACCGUUACAACCGCCGCAGCAUAGCAGGCAGCCGAGCCAGGGUCACGACACUAAGCAACCGCUAAAAGGAAUACUUAAAUCAAGCAAGGUUCAGCCAGACCCAGACGUGGGGGAGCAGCGGGAGGGGGGGGGUGAGCAACGGGACGGGGGAUCUGAUCGGAAACCAGCAGCAGCGCUAAGGCGGUGCGGAAGUUCGGAAGCGGUUCACGGGAUGGGGGGAAACGCGGAAAGAGCUGGGGAGAAAGUGGAAGGCGCUGGGGCAGCGGAGAGAACCGCGGGGAAAAACGGGGAACCGUGUGUGCAAUUUGAAGAGAGUUGUGUGGCGCGGAAAGGAAGUGGCAAGGUUGCGGAGGAGAGUAGGCUUCGUGCUGCUGCAGCGAAAGGGCAGGAACGGAAGAUAAAAGCGGAGAAGUCUGUGAAGGGGACAGUGGCGAAGGAGAAGGGGAGUGGUGUUACCAGGAAGGUGUCUCGUGAGGGGAAGAGCAAAGAGGAAGCGUCAUCACCAGUUAUGGCGAAGCAGUGCUUACUGCCUUGGUUGUCUAAGAAGGCAUAA